AUGAGCCCUUCUUGGAGGCGUCGUGGUAAAAUGGCGGUGUUUUUCUCCAUCGUUGACGGUGCUGAAUCUUCCCUGUCCAUAGACGAGGUGUUGCGGAAGCGUUAUCAGGGCAAGUUAGAGUAUCGCGAGGUGGAUCUAGUUGAUCGGCUUCCUCCACCUCAUCGGAUGAAUCAGCUUGCCUUAACUGCUGCCCCUUCCAUCUCCCCUACAGGCUCGUCAGCGUCGGAGGAGAAUCCUUUACACACUCGCCCCAUCUCUAUUGGCAUGCCCCUGUGUAGCACUCGCCCUUGUGAGCCGGUUACCGGCACGCCUAUUGCUACCAAGAGAAUUCAGACCAGGUGCAGGGCGAGUGAACAACCCGUUGCCUCAACCUUCUCCUUUAUUCCUGUUCCAGGUGUUCCAUUUGUUCCCCCAAAUUUCUCCCUGGUUAAAGGUUCUAGCGGCCUUGGUCAAGUUUCAGUUUCUUUAUGUGGUGUUUCUGGAGACAGUUCUACUAGGUCUUCUGUUUUUGUUCCUUCCUGGGAUCUCCACAAUGAUUCCCAACUCUCUGUUCGUGCCAAUGCCUUGGAAUUUUCCCACCACUGUAACAUCCGAAUUCCCAGCCAUGCUUUUCCUCCAGCUACAGUUGGCGAUAUGGAGGCUAUGAACUUUACUAAUGCAAUAAGUCUCAUCCAGCAUGCUGCAUUUGUGGCCGAGGUUGAGUCUGUUCAAAAAACUUAUGUUGGUGCUGGUGGUAGGGAUGUUGGUGUUGGUGCUACUUCUGUUGGUCGUUUGCUUAGUGGUACCCCGAAGAGUGCGGUGGGUCAUGAAGUUGUGCCGGUAUUUGAGGUUGAUGCUGGAGGAGGUAAUGAGGGUGGUGAGGAUGAUGGUGAUCAUAGCGUUGGAUCGAAUGUUGGUGAUGGUAACGAGUGUGAAGUGGUUGUUGUGGGAAGUGAAGUUGCAGGUGAUGGGAAUGAUGUUGUUGAGGAUGCUCCGGCAUCGUGUGCUACCCCUCCUAGGGCUUGA